AUGCUAGUUUCCGAUGUUGAGAAAAUGUUCCGCCAGAUCAACCUCAGUCCGGAAGAUAGACCGCUUCAGUGCAUCUUAUGGCGUGCAGCUCCAGGAGAGGAGGUUGAGGUUUACGAGUUAAAUACCGUCACGUAUGGAACCAAGCCAGCGCCGUUUCUAGCCACCAGAACGCUGAAACAGUUGGCAACGGAGGAGGAAGGACGAUUUCCACUUGCAGCAAGGGCUGCUAACGAGGAUACGUAUAUGGACGAUGUCAUCACAGGAUCAGACGACGUUGAAACGGCGCUGGAAAUGCGAUUUCAACUGGACAAGAUGAUGUCGAGGGGAGGUUUCAAACUAAGAAAAUGGGCUUCCAAUUGCCCCAAGGUGCUGGACGAUAUCUCACCCGAAGAUUUGGCAAUUAGAGAUUCCGAGGAGGUUUCUCUGGAUCCAACGGCUUCCGUAAAAACUCUAGGCCUAACAUGGCUGCCAAAACCCGAUGUGCUAAGGUUCCAAUUCAACAUUCCGGAGUUGGAAGAGGAUACCAAGCUUUCGAAACGUCAGAUCUUGUCAGUUAUUGCUACAUUAUUUGACCCAUUGGGGUUGCUAGGAGCAGCUAUCACUACGGCAAAAAUAUUUAUGCAGCGUCUGUGGACACUUCAAGAUGAAAAUGGUGGAAAACUGGAAUGGGAUCAGCCACUACCUUCCACGGUGGGUGAGGUUUGGAAGAAGUACCAUGCUCAACUACCGUUAUUCAACACGAUUAGUAUCGAACGCUGCGUGAUCAUACCAGGAGCAACAUCGGUUGAAAUACACUGCUUUUCUGCCGCUUCAGAGAAGGCUUUUGGAGCAUGCCUGUAUCUGCGGAGCCAGAACUCAAGGAAAGAAGUUUUGGUACGGCUUCUCACCUCAAAAUCGAAGGUUUCCCCGCUCAAAUGCCAAACUAUCCCACGGCUAGAGCUUUGCGGUGCACUCUUAGCAGCUCAGCUUUACGAAAAGGUCCAAGAUUCUAUCAAAAUGAAGCUAAAAACCUACUUCUGGACGGAUUCCACGUGUGUACUACGUUGGCUUCUAGCCACUCCAACAAUAUGGGUCACCUACGUUGCCAAUCGUGUGGCAAAAAUACAAACCAUCACCGAAGGAUGCUUCUGGGGACACGUGCCUGGAGUCGAAAAUCCAGCAGACCUGAUUCCCAGGGGAAUAUCGCCAGAAGACAUCUUGGAAAAUAAUUUCUGGUGGAAUGGACCGAGUUGGUUGGAAGCGGACCCGACGAGAUAUCCAAAACAACCGGAGAACUCAGCCGAAAUCGGAGAAGAAGAAAGACGACACACUAUCGUGGCGAAUUCUGCUGCAUCACUGGCCGCGUUCAACGAGAACUACUUUAAACGGUUUGCAUCUUACACCGACGUGAUUCGCCGGACUGCGUAUUGGCUGCGGUUGAUUAAGCUUCUUCGUAAACCCAGGCACGAGCGAAGGGAUGGUUCCUUCCUCUCUACCGCUCAACUUCGAGAAUCAGAAUACACGCUAGUAAGACGAGUACAAGAGGAAAUGUUCGCCGAAGAGUGGAAGGCGUUGCGGAAAGGCCAGCAUAUGCCAGCGAAAUCUCCGUUACGAUGGUAUAACCCAUAUUUAUCCAAGGACGGAAUUAUCAGAGUAGGUGGUCGAAUCAGCAAAUCCGAAGAAGCUGACGAUGCCAAACAUCCAAUUCCUUUACCCGCUCGUCAUGUUUUCACUCGUAUGCUAUUGAAGCAUUACCACGAGCGCCUUCUACACGCAGGUCCCCAGCUUCUAUUGGGUACGGUAAGGUUGCGUUAUUGGCCUUUAGGAGGGAGAGAUGUCGUUAGACAGAUCGUCCACAAAUUUCUACGAUGUUUUCGUGUUAAGCCAACCAGAAUUCAGCAAUUCAUGGGGGAGCUGCCAGCAUCCAGAGUUACAGUAUCACGUCCAUUCUCCCGAGCUGGCGUCCAUUAUUUCGGUCCAGUUUAUCUUCGACCAGCACCGCGACGGCCCGCUGUGAAAGCCUAUGUCGCGCUUUUCAUUUGCCUGUGUAUCAAGGCCGUUCAUCUAGAGCUUGUUUCGGAUUUGUCGACUGAUCGGUUCCUUCAAGCUCUACGUCGAUUUGUCGCGAGACGAGGGAAAUGUACCGACAUAUUUUCGGAUAACGGCACCAACUUCGUCGGGGCUAGGAAUAAACUGCGAGAGUUCCUUAUACUAUUAAAUGACAAAACCCACCGAGAAGUGGUGUCUACGGCUUAUGCUACAGAAGGCAUUCAAUGGCAUUUUUCACCACCUAGCGCCCCACAUUUAGGAGACAUCUGGGAGGCAGCAGUUCGAUCUGCUAAAAAACACCUACUGAAGGUCAUCGGUGAAAAUCCGGUAUCACCGGAAGAUUUUACAACACUACUCGUGCAGGUGGAAAGAUGCCUCAAUUCCCGACCGCUAACGUCCAUGUCAGAAGAUCCCAAUGAUCUAGAACCGUUGACGCCAUCGCAUUUCCUUGUCGGAGCCUCGCUUCAAGCCCUUCCUGAACCCAAUCUUGAAAAUGUUCAGCUCAACCGUCUGAAUAAAUGGCAGUUAAUGCAACGUAAGCUUCAAGAUUUUUGGCGCAGAUGGCGCCGGGAAUACCUGUGCCAACUCCAAGCUAGGACCAAACGCUGGAAGCCACCAGUUCAAAUCGAGGUGGGCAAGCUGGUCGUGAUCCAAGACGACAAUCUGCCCCCAAUGCGAUGGAGAAUGGGAAGGAUACACAAACUCCAUCCUGGCGACGAUCAGGUAGUACGCGUCGUUACCGUCAAAACAGCUGGUGGAAUGCUAACACGCCCUGUAGAAAAAUUAUGCAUUCUACCGCUACCAGACUCCGAUGCUGACGUCGAAGCAGAGGACAACCUAUCCAACAGUCUGGUGUAA